UUAUUUAUUUUUUUUUUUUAUCCCAUUUUCUCCCCAAUUUUUCGUGGUAUCCAAUCGCUAGUAAUUACUACCUUGUCUCAUCGCUACAACUCCCGUACGGGCUCGGGAGAGACGAAGGUCGAAAGCCAUGCGUCCUCCGAAGCACAACCCAACCAGCCGUACUGCUUCUUAACACAGCGCGCCUCCAACCCAGAAGCCAGCCGCACCAAUGUGUCGGAGGAAACACCGUGUACCUGGCCCCCCUUGGUUGGCGCGCACUGCGCCCGGCCCGCCACAGGAGUCGCUGGAGCGCGAUGAGACAAGGAUAUCCCUACCGGCCAAACCUUCCCUACCCCGGACGACGCUAUGCCAAUUGUGCGUCGCCCCACGGACCUCCCGGUCGCGGCCGGCUGCGACAGAGCCUGGGCGCGAACCCAAAGACUCUGGUGGCGCAGUUAGCACUGCGAUGCAGUGCCCUAGUCCACUGCCCCACCCGGGAGGCCUUUCACUGGAUCUUUACCUUGUUCAUCACGAGGAGCAUCGUCACCUGAGAGUUCACUUCCUUUAACACUGUGUGUGGGUGGAGAAAUGGGGGGAGUAAAGUGUGACCAAUAGAUUUCAGUGUUCGCAGCUAUUUUUCAGACAUCUUGUUCAAUUGUUUGUUUUGAUGUUUUCUUAGACACACACAUCCAGCAGCAAACAUUUGUUAAGUUGUGGAAAACGCAUCCAAUAUGUUCAGAGCUGGCCAAUAGCAAGCGGAUAAAGGUUCUUAUUCAAACAAGUCAGCCAUGGUGCUGGAAGGCAUGGAACUGAUUGCAAUUACUGUAGUCAUUGGCCUGUUUUUUGUAGUGUUCAAGCAGUUUGGUGCCUGGGAGCCCUUGACAUUAGAUGAGAGUAGCGACUGUGAAUUGGAGCUUUCUACUGUUCGUCACCAGCCUGAAGGCUUGGAACAGCUCCAGGUCCAAACCCAGUUCACCAAGAAGGAGUUGCAGUCACUCUACAGAGGCUUUAAAAACGAGUGUCCCAGCGGGCUGGUGGAUGAGGAGACUUUCAAGAACAUCUACUCACAGUUCUUCCCCCAGGGAGAUGCCACCACAUAUGCACAUUUCCUGUUCAACGCAUUUGACAUGGACAGAAAUGGCUCUAUCCGUUUUGAGGACUUUGUGAUUGGACUAUCUGUACUGCUCAGAGGUUCAGAAACAGAGAAACUCCGGUGGGCCUUCAAUCUAUAUGAUAUCAACAAGGAUGGCUACAUCACCAAGGAGGAGAUGUUGGCCAUAAUGACGUCCAUCUAUGACAUGAUGGGCAGGUAUACCUCUCCCAGUGUACGAGAUGUUGAUCCAUCUGAGCAUGUGGACAAGUUCUUUCAGAAAAUGGAUCGGAACAGAGACGGGGUGGUGACCAUUGAUGAGUUCAUAGAGACUUGUCAGAAGGAUGAAAAUAUCAUGGCCUCCAUGCAGCUCUUUGAGAACGUCAUCUAGGUCUAGGAACGGACGGAGAACAUGGAUAGAAGUAUAAGUCCUGAUGACCUUUUAUUGCUUCCGAUACCAGACCCUACAAGCCCCUCUACACUUUAACCCCUCACCGUUUGAUCAUUGAAAAAUAUUUACACACAUCGAAAUAAGGACAGUAAACAUUUGGCAGGGGGCAUAGGGAAAUGACCUUUUAAACGUUUGAUUCCACUACGUAUGGGAAAAUAAUCCCUACAAUGGUUCUAUUGACAGUUCUACUUUCCUUACCAUGGACACCCAGGGAAUGGCAACAUAAAAAUGGAAAUGUUAGUACACUGUACAGAACUGCCCAUGUCUGAACAGAUUAUGAUCCUUUGCAUGUUUGCCUGAGGCUAGUGUACGUUAAUGUUAACACAGAGGAAUGCAAAUAUGAAUAUUGUUAUUGAGUAGGCUGAAACCUAAUAUUGUAUUUGUGUGUGUGUGUGUGUGUGUGUGUGUGUGUGUGUGUGUGUGUGUGUGUUUGGGGUCACAAAACUGGAUACCUAGGAUAAGUAUCCACUCAAUAGCUUGGAAAUGUAAAAGCUUUUUACAUUGCACCCCCCCCCCCCCCUCCCCCCCACCCGGGUAUAGCUCAUCAGCAUCAUGAUAGGAAGGUGGGAUUUAUUGAUGUUGCCAUAUCAUAUAUCAUGCCACCAUACGUCCCAGCCGUCCCGGCACCUACAGCCUACGUCAUCUACUCAUUGCAUACCCGGAGAGGGAAUGUAUUUUAAAAUGUUGAAUAUCACUUUCAUUCCCGAAUGAAUUUGCACUUUUAAUAUAAAGUGACCUGUAAAUUGCAUGAUAUUUUUCAAUGGGAUUUUAUGUAACUUUCACAGAAAGUGGUUAUUUUCCUGUGGAAGUAAAUGUUUAUGAAUGACCCCCAGGUGUGUAAUUACAAUGUCAAUUGAUUCCCUGAGGGACAGUUGAAGAUUACUUGCACUUUGACUAUAUAUAUAUAUAGGCUCUUUUCCAAGUUCAAAAUUAUACACAUUCAACACUGGUCAUGCUGUCAAUGAAGCCUGAUUUGUGCCCCGCCUAAAACAACUGUUAACUCGGAACAGCGAAAACUUGACUUCCGUGAGUUCAAGACAACUUGUAAAUCGGGAAUAAAUAAACUCCAACUGGGAAAAUA